AUGGUCCACCCCAAACCCAACACCGAAGGAAAGGGGAAGAAGGCUGGAGGCAUAGCGGAGCUCCGGCCGUCCGACACCAUCGCCGCCGAACAACCGAGGCACCAUCCACCCCACCGAAUCUGCCGCAAUCCUCCGCCCACCACGGCCCCACCUCUGCUAUCACCACUAGUCGGAGGACAGAACUAUGGUCCUCCCCAGACCACCACCGGAGGAAAGGGGAAGAAAGCUGAGAACUCAGCGGAGAUCCGAACACCCACACCCCAUCGCCACUCCCAGGAAGCCGAUGAGAAGAGCCCACGGGCCGGCAACUGA